UCAGAGAGUAAGAUGGCGGACUGCGAGUCGGAGGUGCAGCGCUUGCCAGCCGCGAACGAGGACGUAACGAGGAACGCGAAUGUGCCUCAGCAACCGGUGAAUCAAUCGAACGAUCCGAUCAGGCAGGGACCGAGAUGCGUGACCAUUUACAAAACCGAGACCGGUUUCGGGUUCAAUGUACGGGGUCAGGUCAGCGAGGGUGGACAACUAAGGAGCAUCAACGGGGAACUGUACGCGCCACUUCAGCAUGUCAGCGCCGUAUUACCCCGGGGUGCUGCCGAGAAAGCCGGUAUACGGAAAGGUGAUCGUAUACUCGAAGUAAACAAUGUGAACGUCGAGGGGGCCACCCAUAAGCAAGUGGUGGACCUGAUCAAAUCCGGUGGCGAUGUUCUCACGUUGACCGUCAUCUCUGUCACACCGCAGGAAGCGGAAAAGCUCGAGCCUUUCGAGGAUCUCAGCUACGCUUCGAUGGACUACAGCGAGAAGCGAUCUUUGCCCAUCAGCGUGCCGGAUUAUCACGUGCGCGAGAGGGAACACGAGCGUUACGUGGUGUUUAACGUUCACAUGGCAGGCAGGCAUUUGUGUUCUCGACGCUAUCGGGAAUUCGCUGCCCUGCAUAUGGCCCUCAAGAAGGAAUUCAUUGGCUUCGACUUCCCUAAGCUCCCUGGCAAAUGGCCAUUCCAAUUGAGUGAGCUGCAGCUCGAUGCAAGAAGGCGAGGGUUAGAGCAGUACUUGGAAAAGGUUUGCGCCGUGCGAGUUAUUGCUGAUAGCGAUAUCAUGCAGGAAUUCUUGUCCGAUAGACUCGAGGAAGACGGAGACCAAGGGCCAGCUGUAGAUUUAAAAAUACUCCUGCCUGAUCGCGAAGUUGUUACCGUUACAGUCGCUAAAGCUGCCACUGUCAGCGAUGUGUACGAUGCAGUUUGUAAUAGAGUAGGUUUAGAUACAGAUACAGCGAAACACUUUUAUCUCUUCGAGAUCGUCGAAUACAAUUUCGAACGGAAGCUGCAACCCCAUGAGCACCCUCACACUUUGUACGUUCAGAACUACUCUACCGCUAGCGUAACGUGUCUGGCGGUAAGAAGGUGGCUUUUCAAUCUAGACAGACCACUCAGCGACAAAGCGUUAACCUGGAUCUUCUGGCAGACUGUCGACGAAGUAAACAGAGGUCAUAUCACAGCCGGUGAAAGACUGUACCAGUUGAAAGCGUUGCAAGACGUGUCGAGGAAACAUGAGUACCUAAAAUUGGCAAAAGAAUUAAGUGGUUACGGCGAUAUCGUGUUUCCACAUUGCGCGUGCGACUCGAGGAAGAAAGGACAUCUCGUUCCCAUUGUAGGAGCAGCAGCGUUCAAGUUGCAAGGAGCGAAAGAGGACGGCACUUUGGAAUCCCAUGUGUUUGAACUUAAAUGGAACACCAUUAAACGAUGGGAAAUAGACGAAGAAGGAAUGGCGUUCUGCUUCCAGUAUACCCUUCAGGACUACCGUCCACUGCGUUGGCUUAAGCUCUUUACACCUUAUUACACGUUCCUGUCGGAUUGCUUCGAUCGAAUAGCCGAAGAGGCAACGGAGACGAUGGAGACGAAGAUCCAAGAGUUGUGGGGUAACGUUCGACGUUAAAGAAACGUGUUGGGUGCGUAAUAGCAAG